CUGUAACCAAUAGUGGUUUUUUUUCCUUCCAAAUUCGUGCAAAUCAUAUAAUCAUUAUUCACUCACUAAGCAAGCUAAACUAGUUCAAUCAUAAUGGACAUGGGAUGUUAUGUUUAAAUAAAUAACACCUUCUUUUUACCUUCUGGUUCAUUCUUUAAGCUAAAUUUCUCUCACAAGAGGCAAAAAAAAAAAAAUGUAUAAUCCCAUACUAGCAAAGAGCUUUAGUCAAUAUGAAAGAAAAUCAUUUGGAUGGUGUGCUUUUGUGUUAUUCUUGAUUGUUGUAUUUAGUAGUUGCAUGGUUUUCAAGAAUCAUUUGUAUCCUCCAUCAGUUAAUGGUGAUGCCAUGAAUUUACAAUUAUCUAUAAAUGCUGCUGAAGACAUGCUUGUGAUCAAGGACACAACACUUGUCAAGAGACUAGAAACAGAGAAAAAGGAUGCAGAGCCAAUGUGUAAUGUGUUGGAGCCAUUGUCUGAUUACUGUGAGACAAAGGGGGACAUAAGGGUCCAAGGAAAUUCCUCAACAAUUUUUGUUAUGUCUCAGAAUUUCAACAUCUCAGCUGAGAACAACUCAUGGACCCUACAACCUUAUCCAAGAAAAGGCAAUGCAGGGGCAAUGUCAAGUGUUAAAUCUUGGACAGUGAAGUUAGUACAAGACGGCGAAGAAAUCCCAAAAUGCAGCGUGUAUCAUGGCUAUCCUGCAGUUUUGUUUUCGCUUGGAGGAUUUUCAGGAAACCAUUUUCAUGAUUUCUGUGAUCUACUCGUCCCAAUCUUUUCAAAUUCGCGGGAUUUUAAUUUAGAGGUGAACUUUCUUGCCACAGAUUAUAAGCCGUGGUGGAUAGGUAAGUACAGAACAUUGCUCAACAACAUGUCUAAGAACAAAAUUCUUGACAUUGACAACGAAAACGAGGUGCAUUGUUUUCCUAGUGUGACAGCAGGCCUUAAAUCUCACAAAGAAUUCGGAAUUGAUCCCUCAAAGUUCCCAAAUGGUGUGUCGACGCGCGAUUUCAGACAGUUCUUGAGGAGCUCACUUUCUCUAAAAAGAGUUGAGGCCAUCAAGAUGAAGGGCGGUAUUGUUACAAAGCCACGCUUGCUGAUCGUGUCAAGGAAAAAAUCGCGAUCUUUAUUAAAUGAGGGCGCUGUCAGAAAAAUGGCUGAAAAAUUAGGGUACGAGGUUGUCCUAGCCGAGGCUAACCUUAGUACAAAUUUGACAAAAUUCGCGCAAAUUGUUAAUUCUUGUGACGUGCUAAUGGGAGUUCAUGGAGCCGGAUUAACCAACAUGGUUUUUCUCCCGGAGAAUGCAGUUUUAAUUCAACUAGUUCCUUUGGGAGCAAUUGAUUAUUUGGCUAAACGUGAUUUUGGGGAUCCUGCAGGAGAAAUGAACAUAAAAUACUUGGAUUAUAAAAUAAAUGUGGAUGAGAGUUCUUUAGUGGAACAAUAUCCACUUAAUCAUAAAGUUUUUAAAGAUCCAUCAUCUUUUUUUAGGAAAGGAUGGGGUGUAUUUAGAUCAAUUUAUUUGGAUAAACAGAAUGUAAAAGUUGAUCUUAAGAGGUUUAGGUCCACUCUGAUAAAAGCUAAAAAACUUCUAUCCACUUCUUGAUGUUUUGCACUGUAGUUACAUGUUUCAUUUUUUAGUUCAUUGUAUAAUGGCAUUUCUAUCUACUGCUUGAGUGAUUGCAUCUUCAUUGAUGAACACUUGUGCAAUGUUGUAAUAGAAGGGAUUUAAGUUUAUAUAUAUUUAUAUAUAUUCUUAUAGUAAA